AGUAAAAAAUACUUUGUCAGAUUGUCAGUUGUUACAUUGUUGUUUUUUUAUUAGUUUAAUCAUUAUCUCAAGUUGAGCUUCAGAAAAGCUGUUUUGUAGAAAUGACGAAAGUUGAUGACAUUUUGAGGAAGAAAAGCUUGGAGGCGAACGAUAGCGACAAAAAAGCUUCACUGGAUGCUGGUCCAGAUCCCAUUGCUCCGAUCACACGUAAAGGAGUUUUGACUUCGUUUUUAAAUGGAAAACCCAUGGAGAUACCUGAACAGGACAUGCAUGGAAAAUGUAGGUCUGUCUCGGAAUUUGAGAAGCUUAAUCGCAUUGGAGAAGGUACAUAUGGUAUAGUGUACAGGGCAAGAGAUACAAAAAAUGAAAAAGUUGUAGCACUUAAAAAAGUGAGGAUGGAAAAUGAAAAGGAUGGGUUUCCAAUCAGUAGCCUUAGAGAAAUCAAUGUUCUCUUGUCCUGCAGACAUGAAAAUAUCGUUCAAUUGAAAGAAGUAGUUGUGGGAAGAAGUUUGGAGAGUAUAUUUCUAGCAAUGGAAUACUGUGAACAAGAUUUAGCUAGCCUGCUUGAUAAUAUGCAGGCACCCUUUUCAGAGAGUCAAGUUAAAUGCAUUAUGUUACAAGUGCUAAAAGGAUUGAGAUAUUUGCAUCAGCAUUUCAUUGUGCACAGGGACUUGAAGGUCUCAAAUCUUCUGAUGACUGACAAAGGAUGUGUAAAAAUAGCAGAUUUCGGUCUUGCCAGGUGGUUUGGUUUACCAUUAAAGCCAAUGACACCGAGAGUUGUGACGCUCUGGUACAGAGCUCCAGAAUUGCUUUUGCAAGCCAAGACACAAACUACUUCAGUGGAUAUGUGGGCUGCUGGAUGCAUCUUGGGUGAACUCCUAGCUCACAAACCUUUGCUACCGGGCAAGUCAGAAAUUCAACAGUUGGAAUUAAUAGUAGACUUGUUAGGAACUCCUAGUGAAGCCAUCUGGCCUGAAUUCAACUCACUGCCGGCACUGCAAAACUUUAGUCUUAAACAACAACCCUACAACAAUCUAAAGCAAAAAUUCCCAUGGUUAAGCGCAGCAGGACUGAGGCUACUGAAUUUCCUUUUCAUGUACGAUCCGAAAAAAAGAGCUACUGCUGAAGAAUGUUUGCAAAGCAGUUAUUUCAAAGAAGCACCGCUUCCUUGUGAUCCAAAAUUGAUGCCAACGUUCCCACAGCACAGGAAUAUGAAAAAGACAGCAGCAAAAGAAGUUCGAGAACAAGAUACUUCUGUAGCUGACCAAACAAACAAUCUUCCAGCAAUAUCCGAUUUGCUCGGAUCCUUAGUCAAAAAACGACGAGUAGAAUAAAUGGCUCGUAAGCGUAAAGUGUACCAAUAAAGUAAGUAUGAGAAAAAAAAAGACAAAAAAUCUUUCACUUUUUUGCUUUUAAUGUAAAACGUAUUUUUACCAUGAAAAGAAAAAUAAUGAUGAUUCUUCAUUAACUCAAUGCCAUUUGUACUAUCUUUAUAUAAAAAAAAAAA